CAAAUGUGCUGAGAUGAGAUUUGUGCCAUAUGGUAAAGAGAAAAAUUAUAAGGUAAACAGAACAUAUUUUUAUUGUGCGCCAAGAAACCUAAUUGUAUUUGAACAUAGUAAGUAUGCGGAUUAAAUAAACUUUAUCCUUGCUAGAAGUUCAAUACUGAAACUCAAUACUUUGAAACCGCCGAGGCUCCGACCCUAGUGACGUAAUAUAAAAAAUGGCAGCAGCUUCAACGAGUGAAAGUAGUUUACACGUUUAUUUUAAAUGUUUGUUUUGUUUUACCACUGUAACCUUAAGUGCUCUCUUCGAUCAGCAAUUCUGAAAUGACCUGAAAGCAUAUUGUAAUCCGCACCGUGGGCGUUGUAAAUGUCAUCAUACGAGCUCACGCAAGGGCUUUAAAUUAAACGAUGUAGCGUUUUACCACGGAAGGACAGAUGACACAAUCAAAGCGACCCUGUGGGUUCAGUUUCAUUUGUCCUGAACACCAUUGUCAGAAUGGCUGGAGAAAAAUGUGUCUCUGAUAAUCAGCAAGAUUUUUCUGACGACGAUGUGGAGACCUGUAUUUUCUGUCAAAUCGCGAACAGAGAAUAUCCACACACCGAGAUAUUGGCGGAAGAUGAGGACAUCGUUUGUUUUGAGGACAUUGAUCCAGGUGCACCUCAUCACUACCUGGUUGUACCAAAGAAACAUAUCUAUAGCUGUUUGUCACUCCAAGCAGAUGAUAUAAAACUUGUGAAGAAGAUGGCAGCUGUGGGAAGAGAUGUACUGAAAGCCAAGAAUGUCACAAAUUUGGAAGACAUCAGUCUAGGUUUCCAUGUGCCUCCAAAAAUCACUGUCCCCCACCUGCACCUCCAUGUUCUAGCACCUUUCAGUCAAGUGUUUAAAUGGGCCGAGUUCAAGUAUACAUCCUUCUGGUACAUCACUGAGGAGGAGCUGCUUCAGAGACUAAUGAAGAAUGAAAAGGACGAAAGAAUAGGACAUAUCAACCGCAUUCUGCCAGAAGUAGCUAUGUGAGCCUUUUUACUGAACAGAAAAACUUAAAAUCACAAGAUACUUUUGUGAAUAUUAGUGUUCAUUGUUUUUUUUCUUUUUCAUUGUUUAGUUUGAGCCUUAAAGGCCUGCCAUUUAACAUGUUAUUUUUGUAUUUAUUUUAUAUAAAGCUAAACUAUUUUAAAACUAGGAUGGUAUCCUUAGGACUGACAGUUGACUGAUGUAUUUAUAACUAAAGUGUAAUCUGAUCAAUGUCUAAGUUAUUAAAUGUAUGGAAAUUUUUGUGUAAUUGAUUAUGUUAGUACAUAUUCUACACACAGGUCAUACAAUUAUGUUUUCUUCAGUGCUCAAGGUCAUGUUCUUUAUAUAUCGAUCAGAUGGCCACAUCCUGUCUAGGUGUGCGGUUCUUGGUAUGAAUAAGCUGCUAGGUAAAUCUAAAUGAAGGUAAAUGUGCCAAACCACUACACAUGCCAGAAACACAUGAUGAGACUCAGAAUUAAAUGGAUAAAGGGUAGAAAGAUUUUCAGUACAAUCAUCGAAACAUGGUAGCAUGUACCAUGUAAGUUUGAUUUAGUCACUUGAUCAAGGAUUGUUUUCUAUAAACAGUAGAUCACGUUUGUGACCUGCAUGGCAUUUUUUAGGAACAAGGACACAUUUCUCUGGUGACGUUUAGACAUAUGUGUUUCUAGUUUUAGUUGAUCCACUUCAAAUGUUGACUGCUGUAUUUGGUCCAAAGUCCAGGCGAAGUCAAAUUUACAAUUCAACAAUGUGGCAAGACAAUCAAAUUAGCACCUUGCCAACACAUUUAGUUCUUAGUACUUAACACCGUUUAUGGGAACACUUGUUUUCUCUGGUUCCUCAUUCUAGCUAAGACAGACUAAACCGAGUAAGGUUAUUUCCCUAAUGGUCUCACAGUGAUUUCCUUGUUGUUACAUAGAUAAGAAAGUCCAGUGUGUACCAAAAUGUGAAAAAUGUGUUGACGACACAGAAUCUAUCCCAGUGUUCCAUUAAGAUAAAGAAUAGCCUUAUGUAUUAAAAAAAUAAUUCAUUAAAGAUUUGUAAUGUGUUGGUGGCCUACCUAUCAGCAGGAAUAUUUUCUGAUAAUCCAAUAUACAAAUUCCAUUUGAAAUACCGAAAACACCCAAACAUUUUGCCACAUGCAAUUUAUUUAAUAAUAACGACAAAGCAAGUAAGAAUUAUAUAAGGUUUUUUAUUUAGAUAUUUAUUUAAUAAACAUUGCUUCAGAAAAACUAAUUGAUUGAAAUAAAAAUGAUCAAUUUUUUGGAACCUGUAAUUUUUUUUUUUCAGGAUUCUUUCAUGAAUAACAAGUUUAAAAAGUACAGUGUUUAUUCAAAAUAUAAAUAUUUUAUAACAAUGUAAAUUAUUUAUUAUGAACUUUUAAUAAACUUUUAAUUAUUAACUUAAUACAUCCUUGGUGAAUAAAAGUAUUAAUUUCUUAAAAAAAAAAAAAAAAAAAAAAAAAAAAGAAACAAUAAA